AUGGUGACGGUGGAGGACCCUGUUUACAUUCAUGGUGGUCAGUACCAUCUGCUAGGGGUGAAUGUGAGAGAGAAGCCCCAAGUGGAAGAGUCUCUUAGUGGGGCUGAUCUAGAUUCCCCUACCCUGCUAUUGUCUGAAGUGGUGCUCACCUACACGGAGACACAGUUGUUAUUGUACUUUUUCUCUUGACCCUGGUCGGAUGCUGUUAUUGGCUGGGCUGCAAGGCUCCUCCCCAAGUUGCCAUUUGUGAUGUACGAAUAGAUCAGCCCCCACAACCCCUUUGGUCGAGUCAUGCACGACUGAAAGCUACUGCUGCUACCUAAAGCAGCCAUAUAAAUGUACUCUACCUCUGUUAAAUAAGUGUUGUUAAGUGUGUGGGCUGAGUGUUGUCUACAUGGUUGGGAACAGUGUCUGGAUAUGAAUGAGUUCUACCUGGGUCUGAUACCACAGAAGGAGACACGCGGAGUAGAGAGCCUGGAACCAUUCGAUGCGUUUGAGCCGCCUCCCCUGGCUGUGAGGCCCGUGGUUGGGGAGAUGUGUGUGGAGGGUCUGGGGAUGCCCCUGGGUCCUGGGCUGGUGCUGCUCAGUGGGGGCUCAGGCUGGGGGGGUAGAGAGGAUACUACAGCCAGGGUCCUCAUCAGAGCCAAGGGUGGCUGGAGAUGUGCCUGUGUGAAAUCAUCCAAUGACUGGGGUGUCAUACUGUAUCACACAGUAACAUCUGUGCCUGGGCGGGGAGCUGUGUUUGGUGGCCGCUCCUCCCCACUCAACCCAAUCAGAACCCUCCUCAGAGUGACCUAUGACAAUGCAUCAGUGAGGCUAUCCUUGAAGAAAAUGACGUGUAGUGGCACGCCUCAACCAAGAUGGAGGCACACUCUGACCAUGGGGGUUGCUUCUGCUGUACCCUGGCCUCUCAUGCUGCACUCCUUCUGCUCGGCACUCCUCUGCUCGGCUCUCCUGGGCGACUCUGACCAGUCGACAACGAUGGCUCUGAUUGGUGGGGAAGGAAACUGCUUCUCUGUUGUGACUCAUCACAACCCUCACCCCAUCAGUGUAGACCUGAAACCUGUUCUAUAA